GAACAUAAUUUGGACAAAAGGGCGGAGCUAAUGCUGAAGCAGGCGGCGCGGCUGGACUGCAGACAGUUUGUUUCUCCUCGUGACGUCACAUCUGGAAACAGCAAGCUCAACUUGGCCUUCGUCGCCAACCUGUUCAACAUGCACCCUGCCCUGCAGAAGACUCACAUCAACGGAAACGACAUCGACCCGGCAGAAAUAGCACCUGAGACCAACGAAGAGAAGACAUUUAGAAACUGGAUGAACUCUCUGGGCGUCUCCCCAUACGUCAACCACCUGUGCUGGGACCUUUGUGAUGGUUUGGUGAUCUUGCAGCUUUGUGAGAAGGUUAAUGUGCCCGUUAACUGGAAGAAAGUCAACAACCCGCCGUAUCCCGUCCUGGGGGCCAACAUGAAGAAGCUGGAGAACUGCAACUAUGCUGUGGAGCUCGGCAGGGACGUCGCUCACUUCUCUCUGGUCGGCAUCGGAGGAGAAAACUUGAACUCUGGGAGCCGCAUGCACACGCUGGCGCUGGUCUGGCAGCUGAUGAGGAGGUUCAUGCUCCAUCCAUGUUGUUUGGCAAAGACAAACUGUCCAUAG